ACUAUACUCGCAUUGUGCCUGACAGCAAUACAUGUAUACACAAUUUUAUAGCAUGAAGAUAUAAUUUACACUUUUGGUUUGUAUUUAUAUGACUUGGGAAUUAUUAUUGCAUUCUCAUUGAUAAAAAUGAACACCGGAAUUAUACACACCAGCAUGUCCACCUAUACUAGUCCACUGUGAUGCGCAAACUGCUUUUCUACACACUUCACAGCCAGCCCUUGUGAUACAAAAAAUCCUGAUUAAAACCACCGUAAAUAUGGUUUACCCAUUUUCUUAAUGAUGUCCACUGUCCUUGUCAUAGGGAAAAGCUAGGCGUUGUUCCUUCCAUAGAAUGGUAAAUUUAUAAGAAUAAUUUUAUACUGACAAUAUACUCUCCCCUUUUGCAGAUAAUAUGGAUCUAACUGAGGCUCAGAAUGGCUGCCCUGCCUGGCCUGCAGGCUCAAACAGUCAGCAGCCAGGAAGCACAGUGUGCCCAGGACAGCAGCCCAGUCAGCCAUGGUGUCCUGGAUUACAGCCCUGCCAACCAAACCCUCCCGCCUGGCCUGGACAACAACCCAAUCAGCCCAGCUCUAUCCCGUCCCCCGGACAACAGCCUGGCCAACCAAACCCUCCCGUCUGGCCUGGACAACAACCCAAUCAGCCCAGCCCUAACCCUGUACCCGGACAACAACCUGGCCAACCAAACCCUCCCACCUGGCCUGGACAACAACCCAAUCAGCCCAGCUCUAACCCUGUACCUGGACAACAGCCCGGCCAACAAAACCCUCCCGUCUGGCCUGGACAACAACCCAAUCAGCCCAGCUCUAACCCUGUACCUGGACAACAGCCCGGCCAACCAAACCCUCCCGUCUGGCCUGGGCAACAACCCAAUCAGCCCAACUCUGUCCCGUUGCCCGGACAACAACCUGGCCAGCCUAGCCCACCUGUCUGGCCUGGACAACAACCCAAUCAGCCCAACUCAAUCCCGUUGCCAGGACAACCUGGCCAGCCUAACCCUCCCGUCUGGCCAGGCAAUCCACCCUGUCAGCCUAGCGCUCCGUCCUGGCCUGGACAGCAGCCUGGUCAACCAGCCCAGCCACCCUGCCCUCAACUGCCGAACCCCCCCUCUGCUCCAGGGUGGCCUGGACACCCAGGGCAACCACUGUGGCCUGGCCAGGGAGGGGGGCAGGUAAUUGGCCCUGGCCAGCCAGGCUGGCCCAGUCAAAACCCCCCUUAUGCUCCACAACCAUGGCCUGUUCCACCCUCAGGGUCUCUGGUGGACUUAUUAACAGUUGCUUUGGCAGUAGCGGCGCCAGCAGUCCAAUCAUGGGUGUACCGGAGAAAUUUGCGGUCAGUGCCGUAUACCGUGGACCUUCCCAACGGAGUCUAUGACAAGCUGAUUAUCACCAUCACCGGACAGGUCAAGCUUAACGCAAAAAUGUUCACCGUUGAUUUCCUGCGGGGAAACGAUAUCGCCUUCCACAUCAACCCUCGCUUUAACGAGGGCGGGAAGCAGGUGGUGGUCAGGAACCACAAAGUGGGAGACCGGUGGGGGAAGGAGGAGAGAGCCCUGCAGGCUCCAUUCCCCUUCAUGCAAGGCACACCCUUUGAGAUGAAGAUCCUGUGCACGUACAAUGACUUCAAGGUUGCGGUCAACAACGCGCAGAUACUGGAGUUCAAGCACCGUGUCCAGGAGCUCAGCAAGAUCAACAGGCUCAGCAUUUACAAUGACGUUAUCUUGACAUCCGUCAGACCUGAGACGCUCCCCUGAGAGAGCCUUAGCCUUUCUCUGAAUCUUGAAUGAAUUUGUCCUGACAUUUCAAAAUCAUAGCUUACAACAAUAAGCUGUUUUUCAGCUAAUAUAGGCUCAGUGGAUCUUAAAAAUUACUCAGAACAAUCAUGUUCACAAUUCAAAAGCAUUCUUAAAAACAGAAUAGUUGUGUGAAGUUUUGUCAUUUGAUAAGUUCAGCUUCCUUGUAUAAACUUAGUUGCCAAAAAAAUAAGUAGUGAAACUAGUCUUAGUCUUCUUCAUUGUAUUCCAUCCUUCCAUCGAUUAUCUAUACCCGCUUAUCCUGCUCAGGGUUGCAGGAGGUGCUGGAACCUAUCCCAGCAUGCAUUGGCCGAGAGGCAGGAAUACACCCUAAACAGUUUACCAGUCAAUCACAGGGCACCAUCUUCAUUGUGUUUCCUUUGAUGUAUGAUUGCUGUAAUGUCUGAAGUUUGCUGUACUUUAAAGUAUACUUUCUAUUGUAAUGCUCCAUCUUUCCUCUAGAUGGCACAAUAAAUUGAGAGAAAAUGGAA